UUCUCUUACACAUCAUAAAUAAAAAGAAUGAAUUGGUUAUUAAUGGAGAAGGAGAAGAGUGUUAUCGUCGAUAUAUUUUUGCUUCUGCUUGCUACAAUUUCCCUUUUACCCCUUGUAGCUUACGGUUCCACUGAUGAAGUCGCUGCUCUUCUUAAAUGGAAAGCUAGCCUGCAACUACAAAACAAUAAUGCAGUAUUAUCUUCAUGGGUACCUCCUCUUCCCAACAGUCAAAACGCUCAAACAAUGGCAACUAUGUUUUGGUGCACUUGGUAUGGCGUUUCGUGCAAUUCUGAUGGAAGCGUGACCAGAUUGAACCUCUCAUCCUCGGGAUUAACUGGUACUCUAAAUAGCUUCACGUUUUCAUCAUUUCCCAACCUUACAUAUUUUGAACUAAGCGAGAACAAUUUUUCUGGGAUCAUCCCAGCUGGGAUCAGCAACCUGUCCAAACUUGUUUAUCUUCAUUUUGAUUCUAAUCAUUUUUCCAGCAUGAUACCUCCAGAAAUUGGACUCUUGGCAAAUCUUGAGACACUUCACUUGCUUGAAAAUGAGUUAAUUGGUUCAAUCCCACAUGAGAUAUGCAAUAUGAAGUUUCUUUCUGAGCUUGCUUUGUAUGCCAAUGCUCUUACUGGUGCCAUUCCUUUCUGUCUAGGUAACAUGACCAACCUCAGUUAUCUAUUUCUCAAUGAUAACAAACUCGUUGGUUCCAUUCCUUAUGUAUUAGGAAACCUCUCAAAUUUAAGUGAGCUGCAUUUGCACAACAAUUCUCUAACCGGGACCAUUCCAAACUCUCUUGGAAAUCUGAGCAAUCUGACUAUAUUAAAUCUGUUUCGCAAUCGGAUACAUGGCUCCAUUCCUCCUGAAAUAGGUAGUUUGAGUUCGCUUCAAUGGCUAAAUCUUAACGAUAAUAGUCUCACAGGUUCAAUCCCGAAUUCUUUAGGCCGUCUUCAAUCCCUUACCCUUCUGCGUCUCUAUUCGAACAACCUUUCUGGUCCAAUUCCCGAAGAGUUUGGAAACAUGAUAUCCCUCGUCAGGCUGCAAGUAAGUUAUAAUCUGCUCAAUGGUUCCAUUCCAAAGUCAUUUGGUAACCUCCUAAAUUUACAGAGUUUGUAUCUUAGAAAUAACCAAUUUUCUGGUCCUCUUCCACAAGAGUUGGGAAAUCUCAAGUUUGUUGUGCUUGAACUUUCAGAAAAUAAAUUUUCAGGUUCUUUACCAGAUAAUAUAUGUAAUGGAAGGAGAUUAGAGUUGUUGCUUGUAAGUCAAAAUAAACUGACAGGCACAAUGCCCAAGAGCUUGUAUAACUGUACAAGUCUAGUUAGAGUACGGUUCGAUGGAAACCAGGUCACUGGAAAUAUAUCCGAAAUAUUUGGUGUUUACCCUCACCUCCGAUUCAUCAAUCUCAACGACAACAAGGUUUAUGGGGAACUUUCUGACAACUGGAGUAAAUGCAAAAAUUUGACCACGAUGCAACUUGGAGGAAAUGAUAUCAGUGGUAGCAUACCUCCAUCUCUUGGUAAUUCUACUCAAAUAGAAAUGCUUAAUCUUUCGUUUAAUCAUUUGGUUGGGGAGAUCCCAAAGGAAUUUGUGAGGAUGAAUCGCUUAUUGAAUCUGGUUUUAACCAGUAACCGACUUUCGGGUGCACUACCAGCAGAAGUAGGAUCGCUUAGUGCACUCUCUCUCUUGGACCUAUCUUUGAAUAAUUUUACAGGGCCCAUCCCUUAUACUUUUGGGAAUUGCUUAAAUCUCUUUCAUGUGAACUUGUCAAACAACAAAUUUACACAUGAAAUUCCAGUACAAUUAGAGAAAUUGUCGCACUUGUCAGUUCUUGAUCUCAGUCGCAAUUCAUUCACUUCAAAUAUACCAUCACAAAUUGCAAGUUUAAGUAGUUUAGAGAAGCUGAAUCUCUCUCACAAUAAACUCUCGGGCAAUAUCCCUAACUCCAUGGAAGCAAUGAAUGCUUUGUGGAGCAUUGACGUGUCCUACAAUGAGUUGGAAGGUCCCAUUCCCAACAGCAAAGGCUUUCUGAAUACUUCUCUAGAAGGUUUACAAGGGAAUAAAGGUUUGUGUGGUAACAUCACUGGAUUACAACAGUGCGACAACGAUUUGAUAGUGGAAAAUGAUAAGAACAGACGCCAAAAGCUUGCACUUAUUGUUUCACUCCCUCUUCUCGGAGCACUUCUACUUCUUAGUAUAUUCAUUGGAAUGGUGAUCUUCUAUUACCGAAGAAAGAAGCUGUCAUCAACAACAAAGGUCAUAGAGGAUCACGUCCUGGACUUCUUUUCCAUAUCAACUUUUAGCGGAAAGGAAGCAUAUGAUGAAAUCUUGAAGGUAACACAGGAGUUUAAUGAAGCAUAUUGUAUAGGAAAGGGAAGAUGUGGAGCAGUGUACAGAGCAAAGUUGACAUCAAAUAAGAUAGUUGCUGUUAAGAGAAUUCAUUCAUCUUUGGAUAUGGUUGAUCGUAAUAGCUUUUUACGUGAGGUUAAGGCAUUAACUGAAAUAAGGCACAGGAAUAUUGUGAAGCUAUAUGGGUAUUGUUUACAUACAAAACACUCAUUUUUGAUUUAUGAGUACCUGGAAGGAGGUAACUUGUAUGAAAUGUUGAGGAAAGAAGCUACUCAAACUUUGGGAUGGACCAAGAGAGUGAAUAUAAUCAAAGGCAUCGCCUAUGCUUUGUCAUAUAUGCACCAUGACUGCUCACCCCCAAUAGUUCACCGAGACAUCUCAAGCAAAAAUAUUAUGUUGGACUUAGAGGGUGAAGCUUGUGUAUCAGAUUUUGGCACCUCCAAGAUUUUGAAUCCAAAUUCUUCUAAUGAGAGUGCUCUUGCUGGAACAUUUGGAUACCUUGCACCAGAACUUGCUUAUACAAUGAAGGUAACUGAAAAGUGUGACGUGUAUAGUUUUGGGGUUCUAGCACUAGAAGUGAUCAAAGGAGAACAUCCAGGUGGUAUCAUUGCCUCUCUCUCAGAUGGGAAGAUGAAGAAGCUACAAGAUAUGGUUGAUCAACACCUUCCAACCGCGUCGAUAGAAAUAAAGAAGGUGUUGACUAACGUUAUAAUUUUGGCAAUAAGAUGUUUGAAUAAUAAUCCUGAAAUGAGGCCAACAAUGUAUUAUGUUUCCCAAAAGAUUUCAGAAGAUUGUAAAGAUGUUUUGUAAAAUAUUUAAGGAUACCAUAAGAUGGGCAAUUGUUAUCUUUAGAAUGUAUUUAGCAAAAGGUGAACCAAUAUUGAUGUAAAUAAACACUAAAAUGUUCAAAGGU